CGGUGCGCGGCAGCGAUGGUCAACGUGAGAGAGCUGCCAUUGGUCGAUGAACAGAGGGCGCUCGGUGUCUGGCCACGAAGCGCCCUUUCUCCCGCGGAGAAUGCUUCAGUGCUGGACCAGCUGCUGAGCAUUGAGCACAAGCUCGCUGUGUUGAUACACGAGGACCCGUUGAUGGAGCAGGGCGGUAUGGUGGAAAGGGCGCUGCCCGAGCUGCUGGAGGAGUCCGACUGCUUCGUGAAGAGCAUCGACGAUAAGAACUGGGAGUACUCCCUAGCCGCCACGAACUUGGCGUUCAAGAUGGUGUUGCACAGACGGUUCGAAGAGGCGCUGGGGUUGUUGCAAUCCGUCAAGGCCUUCCCUCCCGACCGCUUUGGGAAGACGUUGGUGUAUAAGAAGCACUACGUGCUGUUCACAGUGUACAACGGUCUUGGUGACGUGGCGCGUGUCAAGUCGUCGCUUGUUGAUGGAAUCAACGCUCUUGCCUCUGUGCCAACUGCUAGUGAGCUGGAGACAACCAGAUGGUUGACGUUGAUCUACGAUGCGUUCUAUGACAAUUUCACGUAUGCGUCUGUUGGCGAUGUCGAUAAGCUGCUCAAGCACAAGAACUUUGUGAUCUCCUACUUCAACUAUCAGAGCUCGAGGGGGUUGCUCACGGAGGAAAAUGCGAAGGAGUUGAGGUUGUACAUCGUGCAAAGGGCAGAAUCGCUGAUCGCAUCAACGAGCUUCCCGAAGGCCAAUGAAGUGAACAAUCACGAGUUGGAGGAACUGAUUGACCUCGCAUCGUUGUCGUCGGUUCUUUCUCCAAGCCGUGUGAAGUCCUUGGUGGAACAGGCCAUUGCAAAGACAUACCAAUCGCACAUCCUCAUGAGAGCGUACAUCAGGGCGUUGGUGGCUGAAAAGAGCUAUGGAGAGCUCAAAUCCGUGUUAGAGGUUUACGAGGCAUAUGUCCAUGCGUUUUAUGAACAGAAUAAGCACAAGUAUUUGGAUAUCGUGUCCAUUAUUCAAAUUCAAAAACUGGUUCUUGACUACGGUUUAAAACAUCGUGUACCCUUGAACUUUGAGGAUUAUCGCUACUUCUCUGACAGAGUGGCUAAAUUGGAGGAAUUGCUGAAGGAGUUCUACACAAUUGCAGGGUUGGACAAAUUCUCUCAGUUUGACGUGGCACAGUCCUUAACCACGCCAAAUAACGUUGUUGUUGACGAGUCCCUGGGAAAAAUCCUUGCUGGUGUUUGGAAUACUCUGGGUAAUGCAACCUGGACACUUAUAAACGAUGAAGAAUACAUCUAUUCUGAAAAUUCAUCAACUGUUAAAGCAUUGGAGCAUUUUAAGCACUCGAUUUGGUUGCACACUGAGUAUGAAGCUGUUUUCAACUAUGCCAAAACCACGGCAAUCUUGGGUAAUAUUAAGGAGUCAUUCAAAAUCGUCAAGACAUUGUUGCAAAACGUUUCAAAGACAUCAUCAAUCUACUUUCAAUCAUGUCAUUUGUUGGCGUUGAUCUUGUCCAUUGAAGAAAAUAAAGAUGAGGCUUAUAAGGUUAUCGGAUUUCUAUCGUCUGAAGUUGCUGAGUUCAUAGAAACGUCACCUAUCCCAUUACAGUUGAGGGACGUUUUCCUUCAGAUUAAAAUGACACAAUUGGCUAUUAUUCAGUCACUAUUGGGCCCGGAACAAGCACUGGACUCACUUCCAGAGCUGUUCGCCUUGUUCCAUAAACUAUAUUCCGAUUUCAUCGUGAGCAAUGUUGCGAAUGGAGAUGCCCCAUCACCGGAAAAGUCUCAUAAGCACUCAUUAUCACUGGCACGUACUCAAACGCUCCAGAAAAUUCAAAAGAUCAAAACCAUUGGGCGUAAGGAUCAUAAGGAAAAGACUGCGCAACAACAGAUCACCAUUGACCCACUAGCAGUGGCUAUCAAGCAAAAGCUUCAACAGGUUUGGCUCCUUGCUGCUAAUAUAUACUACCAGCUGAACCUUCCAGUGGAAGCAGAAGAAGCAAUUGUCGAGAGUGAGAAAUGUUAUAGACCAACUUCCGACUCGCAUGUUGCGUUGGCGUUGCUGACUUUGGACAAGAGACCGGAGUUGAGCUUCAAAGAGUUUGACAGCGCUCUUUUACUUGAGAAACUAUCCAUCCCUGCCGUUGUCGGAUAUGCCCAAUUAGUGUUGACCGCUAAGGAGUCGGUGUUCAUCUCUGAAAGAGACCAACUCGCUGCCAUCUCAAGGGCAAAGAUCCUAUUGGAAACUGCCAGCGAAACGUUUGCAGGAGCCCAUACCUCUGAAGUUUGGUGGCUAUUAUCGUUAAUCUAUGAAAGAUUCAAUGACAACAGGCUGAAGGGAUCUCUAUGGAAGUGCGUGGAGUUAGAAGAGAUCAGACCAGUCCGUUCAUUCACCGUUGUUUAAUACAUAAUCUUUAUAUAUAACAACUCUUGUGAAGCAUCCCACCCCUCGUGGGUGUCUGGAUGUUUAUAGUUCGCCGGUACCGGAGAGCUUCCCUCUCUGUCUCCCCGAGCCCCCGAGCCUGGUGAUGCGCCGGCACCGGAGAAGGGCCACUGGGAGAGUCCGUUGAGUGACAAUUUAUCGAAUCAUACGCAUUUUUCCACCGUCCACCUCUGUCAUUCUCUGCUUGUUUCUCUCCAUUGUUAAAUAUCAUUGCUACUAGCUCACACAACCAUGCCAGAGAAAACAAUUGUCGUUCUUCCAGGUGACCACGUCGGUACUGAGAUCACUGCUGAGGCCAUCAAGGUCCUCAAGGCCAUCGAGGAGGUGAAGCCGGAGAUCAAAUUCAACUUCCAACACCACCUGAUUGGAGGAGCUGCUAUCGAUGCCACCGGUGUUCCAUUGCCAGACGAUGCCUUGGAGGCCUCCAAGAAGGCUGAUGCUGUUCU